AUGGAAAAGAUGGAAUCUGUACCGACAAUUAGUAGAAUUGUCAUUGAACCUGAGGUAACUAUCAGCAGUGACUUGAAUGAUAAGGAAAAGUUUGUUCAACGGUUUAAACCAUCGAUUCUCAAGCAAAAUACGCAAUCGAAUGGCCAAAAACAAACACCGGUGCAGUUCGAUGUUGAACGCCCAUUACAUGCCAAUGACAUAAAAGAACAUCGACUAUGGGCACUCGGGUCAUUAAUUUUAUGUUUUUUUCUUAUUGGCCCAAUUAUAGCCUUUUAUCAUACUCGUCGUAUAAGACAAAUGAAAGCGAAGAACGAACUAGUACGUGCGAAAAGCUUGUCCGAACGUGUAAACAGCAUUCUCAUUAUUUCCAAUUUCAUCGGUGUCUUCAUUUGGGUGGUGUUACUUUUUGUCAUUGGUGAUCAUCAAUGGCGGCGGUCGUCGGCUCCUACCCCAUCAAAAUCACCUAAACCUCCACCCAAACGAUCGCGAACAUCAUCGCCCAAGAAACUCCUUGAACAUACCGAUUCAAAGAUUCAACACGUUCGACCACGACGACAACCGCGCAUUCAUCGACAAGUCAUCGUUCUACCAACACCGGAGCCGAUUUACCGACAAAUACGCCAUCGACUGCCAACACCUGAACGACAAGUUAUUCGUCGUACAUUUUUGCAACGAGCAAACGGUGAUAUUAUCGUUCAACAGGAACGACAUCGAAAGAAAACCAGAAGCAGAACGACAACAUAUCCAAUUGUAACAAAAUGA